UCCCUCCAUCCUAACUUCUCGCCUUUCUAUUUCUCUCUCUUGUUUUGCCUCCGUUGGUUUCUCCAAGUUUGUUGAGCGAAAAAAAGGUGGGACUAGAAUCUCGUGCUAUCCUCUCAUCGAAGCACUUCCAAUUCUCUAGGGUUAGGGUUUUCUCCAUAUUCUCCAGAAUUUCCCCAAAUCCCUUUUUGAUCACUCUAUUUCCCGAUCCCCCUCGAUCGCGUCGCCGUCGUCUCCGCCGCUCUCCGGCCGUCCGAUCGACCCUGUUUUCGCAAAACAUGGUCGCGAUUUCUCCCAGGGUUCACAAUCUCUCUAUCUUCAACUCGAAUCUGAUCCCGAUCCUCCAUCUCUCUCACUCUUGUCGACGUUACAGGCUCUCUCUCUUGAUUCUGUGAUUUUGGUGAAGAUCUAGGUUUUUUUUCUUUUCUUUUUUCGAUGCUAGAUAUUGUGUGAUUGUUGUUUGUGUGUAAAUAGUGUGAAAAGCUAGGGGUUUUUGUGGUGUAAUUAGGAGUGAUCUGGUUAGGGUUUGACUUGAGGUGCUAUGUAUAUUGAGGAGUUGAAAGGUGGAGAAGAAGUGGAUUUAGGGCAUGGAAGGGGCAUCGUGGGGUCGGAUGCGAAACGGGUCUUGAUCGGAGCGGGGGCUCGUGCGCUGUUUUACCCGACUCUGCUUUACAAUGUCAUCAGGAAUAAGCUUCAGGCUGAGUUUCGCUGGUGGGAUAAGGUCGAUGAGUUUGUAUUGUUAGGUGCAGUUCCAUUCCCUACUGAUGUGCCUCGCCUAAAGGAGGUCGGAGUUCGUGGAGUCAUCACACUUAAUGAGCCAUACGAGACUUUGGUUCCAACGUCUCUUUAUCAGUCCAAUGGCAUUAGCCAUCUGGUGAUCCCUACCAGAGACUACUGCUUUGCACCAUCGCUGAAUGAUAUAUGUCGUGCUGUAAACUUCAUUAAUGAAAAUGCAUCAAGUGGGAUGACAACAUAUGUUCACUGUAAAGCUGGACGGGGCCGUAGUACGACCAUUGUUAUCUGCUACUUGGUCCAUCACAAGCAGAUGACACCUGAUUCUGCCUAUGAAUAUCUGAAGUCAAUUCGGCCACGUGUGCUUUUGGCCUCUGCUCAGUGGCAGGCUGUUCAGGAGUACUACUAUUUCAUGGUGAAGAAAGCUGUGGUUUACAGCCACUUGACUAAUCUAAUAUUGAAUCCCCCAUGUUCAGCUCCCUCACAUGAUCUCCUUGCAUUUGACGAGGGCUCUGUAGUAGUGGUCACUGAAUCAGAUCUUGAAGGAUAUGAUGCAACUCUCCAGUCUGGUACUGUGGGAAAUGAGAUAUGGGCCGACUUAAGUGUGGUCUAUCGGGUUCGAGUAGCUGGUCAGGCAGCUCUCACAAGGAUUUCAUGCCUGUGGCUCCGUUGCCAUGCCCACCAGGAGAGUUCAGCUAAGAAGUUGGGCAGGGAAAGCAGCUGCUCGAUUACAGCUGAUCAUAUGGGAGGCAUUAGCGUGGACAUACAAGUUUACUGAGGAAAACCUGAGUAAACCGUAAAUACAUAAAAGAUGUUUGCUAAGUGUUUUAUAUUUUUCCUUCUCGUACAUAAAAUGGGAAAUAACAUUAUGUUAGGCUCUGCAAUAAACUCGGUUUUUCUCCAUCCUGUAAAUUGAGUUGGUAUUUUACUUUGAAUCUGAUGAAAGAAAGUUGAGCUUUAUGAGUUUAUCA